CAUGCGUGUGCAUGCGUGUGCAUGCGUGUGCAUGCGUGUGCAUUGAAGUGUGCACGUCAGCAUGUCUCUCUUAUAGAGCGUGUGGAUUCAGGAAUAUUUACAAAUGCAAAGUUUGACUUCAUUAUUGCAUAUGUCAAAAUGGAUCAGGAAUUAUGCUUGUAAGCAGAAUUGUUAUGUUUAUUUUAUAAUAUCCAAAAUAAACAUAAUUGCAAUUGAUUGGGAUUAAGAGCAGCUGUUGUCAUUGAUAUUCAUAUUGGUAUCUGAAUCUCAAUAAGAGAAUGGAGUUACCCAGCCUUUUAAAAAUGUACUGUUAGUCCUGACCAGACGCAAAGCUAAUGACUGCGUUUGUUCUGCCAUUUUUAUCAGUUAACUUUUCAAAUGUGCAUGACUUAAAAAAGAGGGAAGUAAGUCAGAUCUGCAUCAGCACAUUCUAAUUUAUAUUUAGUGUGAAGCAUUUUAUUUCCGAUCAUAUUCAGCCACACUGCUCUGUCUGUAAGGCUGUUUAAUACUAAUGGCUCAUUGGCAAAGCACUGAGGCCAGAUCAGAAUUCUCUCCUGCCAUGCUCUUCAAACCCCUGUUGGUAAUCGUCCUCUCUGUGUCAGGUGUUCUGAGCCAGCGGGGAUGGAGAGUGACUUACACCACUGAGGGAAUCUGUGCCUUAAAGGGGUCUUCAGUAGACAUGAGCUGCACUUACUCAUAUCCCACAUAUCACAGAGUGCAGAAAACAUUCUGGUUUAUUCACUGGAAUGAGACACAGGAGCCUGAGGACCUGUCCCAGAAUGCAGAGUACUCUCACCGUGUGGAGUAUCUGGGGGAUAAGAACAGUGACUGCACUUUCAGAAUAAAGCAACUGAAAGAAAGCGAUUCUGCAAUAUAUCGCUUCAGGUUCCAGACUGAUAGCCAACAUGGAAAAUAUACUGGUCUGCCUGGAGUCUCAUUGACAGUUACAGGUCUUCAGGUGAAAGUAACAGAGAAUGAGGCACAGAGUGUAAAACUGACCUGUAGCAGCACCUGCACUUUGAGUGGCAGCCCAACCUUGACCUGGUACAAGAAUGGAACAGUUGUGCCCUAUGAAAAUAAAUACUCCCUUAAUUUAGCCAGCACUGAUGAUACAGAUCUCUACUCCUGUGCUACAGGAGGAGUCACUUCCCCUGCAGUCAAUGUGAAAUGUGUGAAGGUGGAAAUAAAUUCAGACACAGUGUCAGGGGGAGAUUCAGUGGAACUGACCUGUACAGCAACCUGCACUCACCUGACUGAGAGCAACAGCUUCAUCUGGUACAAGAAUGAGCAGCUUCUGACUGGCGACUACAGGUUCUCCCAGUCCGACAGAAACCUAACAUUCACAGCCAGAAGUGAAGAUACGGGCAGAUACUCCUGUGCUGUAGAAGGCUAUCAGCAUCUUGUUUCCCCUGCCGUGACUCUCAGUGUGAGAUGUGAGUGUUUGAGGUCUCAUUUGUGUAUUUUACAUUCAUUUAUGCACAAGAACUAAGAGAUUCUUCUGAGA